ACAGUAAUCUGCAUGUAUGGAGUUGUAAUCAUAUCUUUUGGUUAUACGUUUGCCUUAUCACUUUGUAAUUAUACCCAUGUCUUCACUCUCAAAGGCCGAAAAAUCAUACAUCCAGUCUUCCUUGCUUUCCAAACCUCCAUUACGUGCAGACGGUCGCGCUUUAUACGACUUCCGCGCAGUAGCACUCGAAACAGGUGUAGCACCGUUGGCUAAUGGAAGUGCUCGCAUUAACAUUGGCAGAAACGCACACGAUGGUGGGGGAGGCACAGAGAUAUUGGCUGCUGUGAAACUGGAAGUUGAGACAGUAGCGGAUGGGGAAGGUGUCGAUGGAGGAAGAGUAGUGGGCACGGUAUCUUGCUCACCAGCCGCAUACCCGCACCUCCCAUCAGGAGCAUUGGAUGAUCUGCAACAUGACCUGACAUCUGUGUUGCAUGAUACAGUGUCUCAUCCAUCACUGCGACCCAAAAACUUAGGUAUCAUACCUGGAAAAAAAUCGUGGUUGCUGAACCUCGAUGUAAUCGUCUUAUCUGAUGAUGGGAACGUGUGUGAUGCACUAUUCAUGGCAGCAAGAGCAGCGUUGUGGGAUACUAAAGUACCGAGAACAAGAAGUGUGGAAUAUCAAGCGAAGAAGGCUGGGAACAAUGCAGAAGGAAAUCGAGACAUAGAAAUGGAUGAAGAGGGCAAAAGUGGAUUCGAUACUAGGAUAACAAAAAAAGUGACCGAUUUCGAACUUCCUGAUUACUGGGACGAAGGGGAAAUCUUGGAUGGGCGGAAUAUAUGGCCUAUAUGUGUGACGUUAAAUCUGUUGCCUCCAGUGUUCUUCCUCGAUGCAGCACUGCAGGAAGAGUCUUCCAUUCCAUUACGCCUACAUCUAAUGUUCUCAUUGCCACCUUCUGAGAAACCUCGCCUGCAAACAUUCCGUUUGCUGGGUCCUAGUGGCGUUGACGUUCCCCUGAUUAAAAGCCUAAUAAAAGAAGGUGAAGUGCAUGCCCGUAGCAUCUGGACUGCUUUGGAUGCAAAACUCAAGGAUGAGGAUAUAAGACGGAACCAGAAGGCCAGAGAUAGGUUCCUCCACCGAUAGCGGCAUGUACACUAUCACAAAACAAAAUGAUACUCAUCACUGGCUAUUUUGAAUCAU